CCUCCUCCCGCCCUCCGCCGCCCCGACCGCCCGCCCGCUCCCGGACGGCUCAGGAUGGCAUCCUUGGCCACCUGCGAUAGAGAAGCUAGCAGUGGUAGUUAUAACCUCUCCACUGGAACGACUGGGAGUUACUACAGCUGUGUCAGCCAGAUCACCAUAGGUUAUGAUGUUGCUGGUCCAGUGGCAAUUGGGCUGUCCCAUUGGAAAAAUCCAUACCUGCAAGGUGGUCCUCCACUCUCAUCGGAUCUCCCAGUAUUCAUCUCCAAAGAUGCUGGCAUCCCUGUCUAUCACCAGUCUUUCACAAGGAAGAGCGAUCUGUCAACUCCUUUGUCUUGUCCAGCUUCACUGUCCAUCACUCCAGUGCCUUCUUAUAGCAGCAGCAGCCAAGAAACCCUUAGUCAAGACACUACAGGUUUAAGUUUCUCUCUUCAUGGGGCUGAAAAGCAUUUGCAAAUCCAUCCAAGGCGAAAUUUGGCAAACCAUCCAGCAUCACAGCAACUGUCCGUGGUUAGGCAUUCUUCGCUUCCACCAGCCAGAAAGUCAAUAAAAAUGGAGGCUUCCUCUUCUGGGCUAACUGUUGGGAAAACCAAAAUCCUUCACCCAGAAGGAAGUGUGGAUUUGCAAGGUUGUCAGCUGGAUAUGCAAAUACAAGACGGCCAAAAGAGUGAUGUGGACUUUUCAGAAAUACUUAAUGCAAUACAAGAAAUGGCCAAGGAUGUCAACAUUUUUUUUGAUGAAUUAGAAGGUGUCAACAGUCCUUGCAAAGAUGAUGAUUCCUUACUUCACCCUGGUAAUUUGACCAGUACUUCAGAUGAUGCUAGUAGAUUGGAAACAUUGGGAGAGAUACAGGGAUUAACGAUACCCUGCGGCCUCAGGAGAGGAGAGCGAGGAAAAAGGGAUCUGAGCCAGCCAGACAGAAGCAAGGCUGUUCCAGAAAAGAAUCGAUCAAAUGGACUUUAUUUUAGAGAUGGAAAAUGUCGGAUUGACUACAUUCUCGUGUAUAGAAAAUCAAGCCCCCAGACAGAAAAGAGAGAAGUAUUUGAAAGAAAUAUCAGAGCAGAAGGAUUACAAAUGGAGAAGGAGUCCUCUUUAACAAAUAAUGACAUUAUCUUUGUGAAGUUACAUGCCCCAUGGGAGGUUCUGGGAAGAUAUGCUGAAGUCAUGAAUGUAAGAAUGCCUUUCAGGAGAAAAAUCUAUUACCUGCCCCGCCGGUACAAGUUCAUGAGCAGGAUCGAGAAACAAAUAAGCAGGUUUCGGAGAUGGUUACCUAGAAAGCCUAUGAGACUGGACAAGGAGACACUGCCCGACCUGGAGGAGAACGACUGCUAUACUGCCCCUUUCAGCCAGCAAAGGAUUCAUCAUUUCAUCAUACACAACAAAGACACUUUCUUCAACAAUGCCACAAGAAGUAGAAUUGUACAUCAUAUUUUACAAAGAAUUAAAUAUGAAGAAGGAAAAAACAAAAUUGGCGAUGGAAAAACAGAUUCUGCAAACACAAAGAACCGGAGACUGAAUUCACAAAUCAGGACUACUGAUUAUGGUCUAAAUCGAUUGCUUACUAAUGGCUCCUAUGAAGCUGCCUUUCCACUUCAUGAGGGAAGUUACAGAAGUAAAAAUUCCAUUAGAACCCACGGAGCAGAAAAUCAUAGGCAUCUGCUUUAUGAGUGCUGGGCUUCCUGGGGUGUAUGGUAUAAGUAUCAGCCCUUGGAUCUUGUACGGCGGUACUUUGGAGAGAAAAUUGGACUGUACUUUGCUUGGUUAGGCUGGUACACUGGAAUGCUCUUCCCAGCUGCUUUCAUUGGAUUAUUUGUCUUUCUGUAUGGAGUUACCACUCUGGAUCACUGCCAAGUCAGUAAAGAAGUCUGCCAAGCUACAGAUAUCAUAAUGUGUCCUGUGUGUGAUAAGUAUUGUCCCUUCAUGAGGCUGUCAGACAGCUGUGUAUAUGCCAAGGUUACCCAUCUUUUUGACAAUGGAGCUACUGUCUUUUUUGCUGUUUUCAUGGCAGUUUGGGCUACUGUUUUCCUGGAGUUUUGGAAGAGGAGGCGAGCAGUAAUUGCUUAUGACUGGGACUUAAUAGAUUGGGAAGAAGAGGAGGAAGAAAUACGCCCCCAGUUUGAAGCCAAGUAUUCCAAGAAAGAACGGAUGAAUCCCAUAUCUGGAAAGCCAGAGCCUUAUCAAGCCUUUACAGAUAAAUGCAGCAGACUUGUUGUUUCUGCUUCUGGAAUAUUUUUUAUGAUCUGUGUGGUGAUUGCUGCUGUUUUUGGAAUUGUCAUUUACCGUGUUGUGACUGUCAGCACUUUUGCUGCCUUUAAAUGGGCUUUAAUCAGGAACAAUUCUCAGGUUGCAACAACAGGGACUGCAGUGUGUAUCAAUUUUUGCAUCAUCAUGUUACUGAAUGUGUUAUAUGAAAAGGUUGCUCUUCUUCUAACAAAUUUAGAGCAGCCUCGUACUGAGUCUGAGUGGGAGAACAGCUUCACUUUGAAAAUGUUUCUUUUUCAGUUCGUCAAUCUGAACAGCUCGACCUUUUACAUAGCAUUCUUCCUCGGAAGGUUUACAGGACACCCUGGUGCCUAUUUGAGGCUGAUAAACAGGUGGAGAUUGGAAGAGUGCCACCCCAGUGGAUGCCUUAUAGACCUUUGUAUGCAAAUGGGUAUCAUAAUGGUGCUAAAGCAGACUUGGAAUAAUUUCAUGGAACUGGGAUACCCGUUAAUUCAGAAUUGGUGGACCAGGAGAAAAUUACGCCAGGAACAUGGCACUCAGAGGAAAGCGGGUUUCCCCCAGUGGGAAAGGGACUACAACCUUCAGCCCAUGAAUGCUUAUGGACUCUUCGAUGAAUACCUAGAAAUGAUUCUUCAGUUUGGAUUCACAACUAUCUUUGUGGCAGCUUUUCCACUGGCACCACUCCUGGCCUUACUUAACAAUGUUAUUGAAAUCCGUCUCGAUGCAUACAAAUUUGUUACCCAAUGGAGAAGACCUUUAGCUUCAAGAGCCAAAGAUAUUGGGAUCUGGUAUGGAAUUCUCGAAGGCAUUGGAAUCCUCUCGGUGAUUACAAAUGCAUUUGUCAUCGCUAUCACUUCAGAUUUUAUCCCUCGUCUGGUUUACGCUUACAAGUACGGACCUUGUGCUGGUCAAGGAGAAGCUGGACAAAAGUGUAUGGUUGGCUAUGUUAAUGCCAGUCUUUCCGUCUUCCUGGUAUCAGACUUUGAAAACCGAUCUGAGCCUACUUCAGACGGAAGUGAAUUCUCUGGCUCACCUCUGAAGUACUGCAGAUACCGAGACUAUCGAGAUCCUCCUCAUUCCCUGGUGCCCUAUGGCUACACACUGCAAUUCUGGCACGUCUUAGCAGCACGUUUGGCUUUUAUAAUUGUAUUUGAGCACCUUGUAUUUUGCAUAAAGCACUUGAUUUCUUAUCUAAUCCCGGACCUUCCAAAAGAUCUGAGGGAUCGAAUGAGAAGAGAAAAGUACUUGAUUCAGGAGAUGAUGUAUGAAGCAGAACUGGAGCGACUCCAAAAAGAACGCAAGGAAAGAAAGAAAAAUGGAAAAUCUCAUCACAAUGAGUGGCCAUAACUGGCUGUGCAAUAGCACCACUUUCCAGAGAAUGAAAAAACCGCAACCUCAGUGCAUGUCAGACGCAAAGCAAGCCGGUCAGCACACUUCAGAGGAUUUACUGUGAAACCAUUUUGCAAUCUGGUGUUUGAUUGCUCUUCAUAGACCAUUCUCAACAGAGUAAGCAUGUACGUCAAGGGCAGUUAUACUCACGUUUUUAAACUCCAGAAAAAUUGUAUACUGGGACUGUUUUUCAGCCUGUUUGCUACCUUUCUCGCAUUCUGUCCCAUGUGAGUUUUACAGACAUUAGAAAAAAAGGUAAAUUAAAAUAUGGAUACUCAGACAUACAUUACUUGUAUGUUACAAUUCCAUUUACGUACAUACCAUCAAAUAAAAAACUGAGACCCUGUUUACAAAUUUUUAUUUAAUUUCAGAUCUUUCUGAAGAAAUUGAUUUAUUAUAUAUAGAUAUGUAUCUAUAGCUAUAAGAAUAUGGCCAUAGAUGAAUCUGUGUGUGUACAUAUGUAUAUUCAUAUAUUCCUACAUAUGUACAUAAAAAUACACACAUAUAUAUAAGUACAUAGAAAAUCUCUAUUUGUAAAUAGCCAAAAACUACAUAAAAGGAUGUUAAUUUCCUCUUAAAUAAUCAUUAACAUAAAGCCAUGUUUAAUGCUUGUACAAUGUGAUGCAAUAAACUCUAAAAAUAUGCAUAUGACAUAUGUGCUGUUGGGUCUUUUUAGGUAUAUUUGAAUUUAGUUGGAUUUUCUUGGAAAAUAUUUAAAUGAUAGUGAUCUUGAAUACACGCUGAGUUUAAAAUAAAAGAUAAAUAUCUUCAUACAGAACUAUACCGUCUGUAAGUCCAAUUCCCUGAAGAUAAUUUCUAACGUUUCCUUUCUUCUCCUCAGAAAAAAAGUACAGAUUAAUU